AUGCCCAAAGCCUCAAAACAAGAUCAAAAACACACCCUUGCCCGUGCCCUGUGUGCCCUGCUGAACUCUGGAGGAGGGGUGGUAAAAGCAGAGAUUGCAAAUGAAGGCUACAGUUUGGAGAGAGAUGGCAUUGGAGCAGACUUAGAAGAGGCUUUUCGGUCUCUCCUUUUGAUUGUAGAGUGGGAAAAAUACCUGGACUUGGAACAGCAAGAAAAGCAGGAGAAAGCCAGGAGAAAUCGCAGCCUGGCUGCUGAAAGGGAUUAUGAGGCUUACAGGAGGGGUACUUUGCGGCUGAAUUAUGUCACGCUGGAACCACAUGAUGCAAGAGCUGCUGAAAGAUAUUUUAUCAGGUGGUACCCGGGUGCUAUCAGGUGGGUGCAGGAUGCUAUGAUGUGGUUCCCAUUUGAUAUCAGCUGUAUAAGAGAUACUGUAAGAGAGAACAGCCUUGAACCACCUGAUACAAUCAGCUGUACAAGAGAUGCUGAAAGAGAGAGCAGCCUGGAACCACCUGAUACAAUCAGUUGUACAAGAGAUGCUGAAAGAGAGAGCAGCCUGGAACCACCUGCAAAAAUCAGGCAGACAACAGAUGUUGAAGGGGACAGGAGGGAUUUCUGGAGUGAUCUUAUAGAGCUGUAUAAUAGGGGCCAACUGCAUCACGGAGAGAAGCUGCCUUUCACAGAGUCAAGAUAUGUGGCAUUUAAGCACUACUCAACGGACAACUUCCUGACUCGUGUCAGGGAAGUGCUGCCUCAGUAUAUUGCUGGGUUUGCAAACACAGAUGGUGGGUAUCUGUGGAUCGGGGUGGAUGAUGAUGGCAGAGUGCAGGGAUUCAGCUGUGAUGAUGAGGAGCAGAGAGAGCUAGAAGUUCUCAUCGAAUCAAUUCAUUGCAAAUUAACUGCCUUCCACAUGUGCCAGAUGCGUGACAGGUGCUGCAUAGACUAUCACCACAAACUAUUCCCAGUGUGUGGAGCAGAUGGAGAGCGCUGUGGCCACGUCUGUGCUGUGAUAGUUCAGCCCUGCAGAUGUGUCCUGUUUGCUGAAGCCCCAGACUCAUGGGUCGUGGAAGAUAACAAGAUCAGCAGACUGGAAGCAAAGAAGUGGGCUAAGAGGAUGACCGAUACGGAUCCAGAUCUUGCAAGGCUUUCUUCGACCUUUAGGCAAGAGCUGAGUCUGACAGGGAGGCCACCUCUUGCCAAGGCAGUUUAUUCAGCCCAAGGAGCUGACAGUGCUGCUACCCUUUGUGAGAACCUCUUUCCAGUGAGACCUGCCAGCAUCACAUGUACCCCAGAAAAACUCAGGGAAGAUCUCCUCCAGGAGCAUCCAGGAUUGGAUAGCUUAAUUGAAAGCCAACUCCAGCCCCUCUCAGAGGGAGUUCUGAUAUUUUCCAGGAGCUGGGCUGUUGAUGUCGGCUUGCCAGCAAACCAGCUCAUCAUUUGUGAUGUUCUCCAAGUAGCCAAGGACAGGCCACCUAUCCUUUAUACAGUCUGCAAGCAGAUCUCAGAGGCCUUGGUUGGGUACUCCAGGAGCACAGCCCGGAGGCUGAAGGAGAAAUUAGUCAACACAGGAGGCUAUAUCCACAAGCUGUGUGUAAUACCCAAGCUGCUGACAUUGCCUGCCCAGGGGAGCUGUGGAGAAGAGUGGGAUCAGAACAUUGAACAGAAGUAUCCCCCUGGCUACGGCCUGGUCAGCAGUGGCAACCUGAGGGACCUCUUGCAUGCUCUCACAUUAGCUCUGCUGACUUUCAAGUCCUUUUUAAGUGACAGAGUUGGCUCUGAGUUUCUGAACCUCUUGACCCUCAGACAAUACCAGGUGCUGUCAGAAAAUCUUCCCAGAACUAAGAAGCUCUAUGUGUAUGGUCUGCCAGGCACAGGGAAAACAGUGGUGGCCCUGAAGAUCAUGCAGAAAAUAAGACUCAUGCUGCAGUGCUCACGAGAGGAAGUUCUUUAUAUCUGUGAGACCAAGGGCCUGAGAGAUUUUGUGCGGUAAG